AUGAUGAAGUGGUGGUGGGCGGGGGCGUUCGGCGCCUUCAAGAAGCGCCGGGCCAGCAGCCGCGCCCGCGCCGCCGCGGAGGCCCCCCAGAGCAACGUGGCCCUCGUCGUCGGCUCCACCGGCAUCGUCGGCGCCGCCCUCAUCGACAUCCUCCCGCUCCGCGACACGCCCGGGGGCCCGUGGAAGGUCUACGCGCUCUCCCGCCGCCCGCUCCCGCCCUGGUCCGCGCCCCUCCCGCCCGACGUCUUCCACCACCACCUCGACCUCGCCGACCCCGCCGCCGUCGCCGACGCCCUCGCGCCCCUCACCGACGUCACCCACGUCUUCUACGUCGCCUGGGACCCUCGCCCCACGCACGCGGAGGGCCGCGAGGCCAACGGCGCCAUGCUCCGCAACGUCCUCUCCGCCCUCGUCCCCAACUGCCCCGGCCUGCUCCACGUCUGCCUCCAGACCGGCCGCAAGCACUACGUCGACCCGUUCGAGCCCCUCACCGACGUGCCCCUCGCGCUCCGCCCCUACUCCGAGGACCUCCCGCGCCUCGACUACCCCGACCUAGAGGACGUCCUCCUCGACGGGCUCGCCAGCAACAACCGCGUCACCUGGUCCGUGCACCGCCCCACCACCAUCUUCGGCUUCUCCCCACGGAGCGCAAGAAACGUCGUCGCCAGCCUCUGCGUCUACGCCGCCAUCUGCGGCAAGGAGGGCCUCGUGCUGCGCUGGCCAGGAUCCCGUGUCGCCUGGGAGGGCUUCAGCGACGCCUCCGACGCGGAGCUCGUCGCCGAGCACGCACUCUGGGCGGCCAUGGAGCCCAAUGGCAGGAACGAACCCUUCAACUGCAGCAACGGGGACCUCUUCAAGUGGCAGCAGCUAUGGCCGAUCCUCGCCAGCCAAUUCGGCGUGAAGUGGACGGGGUACCAGGGGGAGGAUCAGCGCUUCAUGCUGGAGGAGGCCAUGGCCGGGAAGGAGGGCGUGUGGUCGGAGAUCGUCAACGAGAACGGGCUCGUGGAGACCGAGCUCAACGACAUCACCAACUGGUUCUGCGUCGACGCCAUGGUCAACGUGGAGCGGGAGAACCUGGACACCAUGAACAAGAGCAAGGAGUAUGGAUUCUUCGGGUUCCGGAACACGGUGAGGUCCUUCAAUACCUGGAUCAACAAGAUGAAGGUUGACAAGAUUGUCCCCUGA